AUGCCUGGCUUUAUCGAAUUUGCACGAAAUCAGUACACCAAACUCCCCCUUCCCGAACCUCCAGCCAAUAUCAAAGAUGCAACCUAUAUCGUGACAGGCGCCAACUCCGGUCUAGGCUUGGAGUGUACCAAGCAUCUCUUUCGCAUGGGCGCCAAGCGCAUCAUCCUGGCAGUGCGCACCCCCAGUAAAGGCGAAGCUGCCUUGGCAACUAUCCGGAGCGAGACCGGCCGCAAGGAUGUCGGCGAAGUAUGGGAGCUAGACCUCACAUCCCUCGAUUCAGUCGAAGCCUUCGCCCAGCGUGUCAACACCCUCGAUAGAGUAGAUGCGCUUAUAGCCAAUGCGGGAGUUGUGAUGACAAAGUUUGAGUUGGUCGACGGCAUCGAGUCGUCUGUUUUGGUCAAUGUUGUUUCAACCAUGUUGCUCGCCUUCCGCGUUCUGCCCAAACUUCAGGAGUCUGCAGACGGAUUGGGCAUUCAGACACAUAUAGUGAUUGUGUCGAGCAAUACCGCUUUCCAACCUGAUAUGGAAAAUCAUCUAGGAAAACUCCAGGGUGACAUCCUUGAUGCACUGAGCGUGAAAAAGAGCUUCAAACCCUUUGUUCAAUACCCUACCACCAAACUUUUGGAAAUAUAUGCAGUUCGCCAGCUCGCUUCGCUUUGUCCUGUAUCUAAUGCCGGCGUUAUCAUCAACACUGCGAGUCCCGGCUUAUGCUAUUCGGAACUAGAUCGAAACGGCACCGCCAUUCAGAGGAUGGCUAUGGCUACGAUGAGAAAGGCACUAGCAAGAACAGCUGAGCAGGGAAGCCGAAAUUUUCUCCAGGCUGCCUUCACCGGUGCCGAGGGCCAUGGCGCGUACUGUUCAGAAUGCCAAAUUAAAGAGCAUGCUGUUCCAGCGUGGGUAACGAACGAGACCGGCAAGCGCACACAGAAGCGUGUUUGGAAUGAUUUGCUUAAACGAUUGGAAUCCUUGGGUCAUAGAGUUGAUAUCGAGACUCUCACGACAAAAUCCUAG